AUGGGGUCCGGAGCGUCAGCCUUGGCGGCUGAGGUGCCAGGGUCGGACUUGCGCCUCAAGUCAUCAGGACUUUGUUUCACCGCCCAACAAGUGAGGUCGCUCAACUCCUAUGUAGACACACUUUACGAAGAGGAUUUAAGUGGGCGUAUGUCAGUGGAGACAGAAUGUGCUGUAGAAAACCUGGUGCAGAGGAUAGUGGACGGCGCUGGCCAGAGAGAUCCGCGCUUUAGAUGUUGCCAUCUUAUAGCGUUGCAUAGAGAUAAGAAGAUGCGGUCACGUUCUCUGGAAUACUUGGUGACGUUGGACUCUCUGCCGAUCUUGAACACGGACAGUGAUGAGUGUCGUCUCCAAGAAGGUCCUGUUGGAUAUGGGAAGAUUAGUUUAUCCGGCCGUGAAGCUGACAAGUGGGCUGAAUUCUUAACACCUACUGGAUAUUUGAGCAGGGAUAAAGUGGUAGAGCACUGGGUGGAACUGGUGGCGCGCUGCGCCCAAGCGCGGGGGGGCGGCGCGUCUCGGGUGCUCAGUGCGAGCGCGGCGGCGCACGCUCGCCCGCACCACUACUGCUACCUGGAGCGGGUCAGUCAUCAAGUAACAACAGAGCACAGACUGGCGAUAGUAGAGGGGGCGGCCUGGGUGCUGGUGCGAGUGGGUGCGGGAGAGGCAGAGGCUAAGCUGGUGCUGGGCGCCCGCGUGGGCGGCUGCAGUGCCAAUGCCUACACAACGAGGGUGCCUUUGACGCAUCCACUGGCACUGCUGCAUUAUACUGCCGCACAGGAGGGAUUUUACGCAGUAGCAGUUGGACCGCCGCCAUCAGUAGUAGGUUCAGAGCGAAGUGCAAUAUGGCAGUUAUGGCAUCCAGCUUUAGAAGCGACGUUGGAUGGACAUUUCUCCCAGGACUCUUCCAUUGCGAAGAUAGCUGGGGCUCUCAAUAGUUUGAUUGACAAGAUGAGGGAAGGAUGUUUCCAGGGCUCCCUGCAAUUGCUCAGUCGCUACAGCGCAAGCUGCGCUCUACGGCGCCGCCUGCAGCGCUGCGCAGCGCUUCGCAGCGCCGCUCGCUUCUGUGGCGCAGCCCAUAUCGCGCACCAUCUGCUGCUCCUACUGGACGACCUGUACCACACGUGCGAGUACGGGGGCAGCGCGGGGUUCGUGUACGCGGUGGAGCGGGGCGCGCUGGCGCGGAGGGGCGCGCGGGGCGGCGCGUGGGCGGCGGACGCGGCCGCGCUGCGGGCCGGCCUGCGGUACCUGCGGCGGCUGGCGGCGGGCGAGGAGAUCCCGCAGUCACCAGCGGAGCGGCUGGAGACGGCGCUGUUCGCGCGGUGGAGCGCGGCGGUGGGGGCUGCGGGGGCGGCGGGGGGAGCGGGGGGAGCGGCGGCCUGGCGCGGGGGCCCGCUGCGGUACCUGGCGGGGGCGGCGAGGGGCCUGCUCGUGUGCAAGGAUAUGGUGGCCUGUGAAUACCAGUACUCGUUCAGAGCGAACCUGCUGCAGGCCACUUCCUGCUACCAGGAACCAGUUGAGGAUCUGAUCCACAUCCUGGCGAUCCUGCUCGAUCAGGCUCGAGACGUUUACCUCACGAAUCUUCAGCAAACGUUGGCUUUUGAUAAGGAACUUGCAUCUUAUAGGUCAAAGAAAUGGCACAAGCUAAAGGAUUAUUAUGACGCAUCAUCCGCGUGUCUAAUCGACGCGGUGCGACGCGACACUGAGCUGAGGAGCGCGGCGCUCGGUGAUGACGUCACGGUCAUGACGCACGUUCUGCGCUGGCUCUAUAGAGGAGCUAAGGAGGACAAAAAGUACCUCGGACCAGUUCUAAAACCAUAUCUGAACGAUCUCUAUACCACCGCUUUGGAGAACUCCUGGUUCUUGGAAGACUUCGAAGAUAAGAAGUGCUUGGACGAGUUUGAGGGUAUAAAGGUGUUCUGCCUGAGGGUCCAUGAGGGUUUGGAUCCCUGUGUGGGGUUGCUGGAUGCUGCUAAGAAAUACUCUUGGGCGAAGACUUUGGUUGACGUCGUGGACAGAUAUCGACAUUUUGAUUUCCGGCUCGUAUUCCCAACGGGAGACGGUUUAGCGGUUUCCUAUCCACUGAGGCUGCCCUCUCGCCGAGAGCACGGCUCCGCGCGAGCGCUGACCCUCAGCAGACGCGACAAGGCCGAGGCCAAGCUGCGGCUGGCCAGGCGAUGUGUUCUGGCCGCCUUCAACAAUGCGCUGCUUGGAAGACCCCAGUCAAAACAAAUGUCACGCAAUGGAAGCACAGAAGAAAUUCUAACAAGUGUAAAAAAUGGUAACUUUUGGAGGAAUACCACAAAACCUGAUAUCAUACCUUCUCCAUCUAACACCGAUACUUUGAACCAGCCGAAAGUCAGGCGAAGAUCGAGAAGAAGACGACCAGCCACAUCUUACGGAUUUCCAGAAAUUUCCAUCACAAAUCAAUCGGAUACCAAGACAUUAAGAAGGAAAUACCACACUCUAAAGAGUUUAGUCUACAAAGAACCGGUGGAAAGUGUCAAGGAGUUACGUGAAAGACCGCGGUCUGCUGGCUCUACUAUGAGAAGUAAAGAUGAGUUAAGUAGACCAUCCAUACUAGAAACUUUGGACUUCAUUAACAGCGUGAAAGACUCACUAAAUGAGGAGUCAUGUACGUCAGACGCGGAGGAGAUGUCGUGGUCUGCUCGUGACGAGUGUGUGGUGUCUCGCGCAAGUCCUGUGGAGGCGGUGAGCGGGCGCUGCGGCGGAGCGCUGCACCUCGCGCUCGGGGACCUGCUGCCCGCACUGCUGGCCAGGGGCAAGUUCACGGUGCUGCAGGAGCUGUGCGGCCUGUUGGAGCGCAGUGACGGCGCGCUGUUUGCUCUCCAUCGCCUCGCGCGCGCCGCCCGAGCGCGCUCCGCUGAAAGAGACAACACUUGGAGACUGCCAGAAACAGACUCGUCUGUGUCGGAGGCUCCACAGAGGUACAGACCGAGGCCCCCAGACUAUGUGUCUGAGGACGAGGCGCCGCAACCGCCUCCACUGCCUCGACAUGUCAAUAAGGAAAAACAGCAGAAACGCUAUCCAGACCACAUAACCCAAUCAAGGAUGCAGACACUUCAACAAGAUAUCGACCAAUUAGAGUUAAUAUCCUCUAAACUAUCCCUCCAAAGCCUAGCCCAAGACUCCCAAUGCACAGGCAUCAUAAAUCCAAUUUACGACAUAAAAAUGCCCAGAGACAAAUUUAUUGUCAAACGGACAAAAUCUUUAGGCAGGAGUUUCAGUUCUAGGAACCUAGGUGUAGAAAUAUCUAGGUACAAUUUGAGUCUAGGUCAUAGAAACGGUAAGAGGACGAAUGAUGUGGUGACAGCGAUCAAUGGUACAACUGGGGAAACGGGUUUGGAUGUUAGGAAUAAUUUCUUUCCAAAGAAUGGCGCGUCUAAUGUUGUCGGGGAUUCAUACAGGUUGAGUAGAAUUACCAUUGAUUGAUACACUUAACAAAAUAUUGAAUGGAUUUGAAUGAAGUAGGUCUAGGACGUUUAUCGGGCUGAAAACAUAUUAUUUUUA